CUCUAACUGAACUGCUUUGUUAGCUGUUCCACUCAAAAUUGGCAAAUGAAGCUUCCUAAAUGGCUAAAUCCUUAAAUCCACGACCAAAUUUCUCAGAUGCAAAUUUUGUUUAAAUCAAACCCAAGUUUUACCUAGUUGUUAGAUCUAGAGUUCUCAGACAGACAAUAACUAUUUUCUUUUUUGUACAAAAAAAUAUGGAUACAUACUCAAGCUUUAAUGAUCUCCGAGCUGAAGCCUAAUAACGUAAGUUUAUUAGGCCAAAAUCCAGGGUCCAACAAACCUCACUGAGCCUAGUCACUCAAAAAACACCAGAUAUAUCAGAUUUGAGUACCAAAACAUCUGGCUAUCUGGGCGUUGAAAAACAAACCGACACUUCUCCUUGUUUUCCCACUCUUUCACUCUAAAUCUUCACUUCUCAAUUUCCAGCAAUGGGAGAAACUGAUUCUUUCUUCUCUAACAAAUCAGCCAAGAUCUUCGUAGCAGGCCACCGAGGCCUAGUUGGUUCAGCCAUAGUCCGUAAGCUCCAAUCCUUAGGCUUCAACAACAUCGUCGUCCGCACCCACUCCGAGCUCGACCUCACCCGCCAAUCCGACGUCGAAUCCUUCUUCGCCACCGAAAAGCCCCAAUACGUCAUCCUAGCAGCCGCAAAAGUGGGCGGAAUCCACGCCAACAACACGUACCCCGCCGAUUUCAUCACCACCAACCUCCAAAUCCAAACUAAUGUCAUACAUUACUCGUAUCACCACGGCGUCAAGAAAAUCCUCUUCCUCGGAUCCUCCUGUAUUUAUCCCAAAUUUGCGCCGCAACCCAUCCCGGAAAACGCGCUCUUAUCCGGCCCCCUGGAACCCACCAACGAAUGGUAUGCCGUUGCGAAGAUCGCAGGUAUUAAAAUGUGCCAAGCCUUCCGAAUCCAGUACGGCUUCGAUGCUAUUUCGGCUAUGCCCACGAAUCUGUACGGUCCCAACGAUAAUUUUCACCCUGAAAAUUCCCACGUCUUGCCCGCGUUGAUGCAGAGAUUUCAUAAAUCCAAGGUGGAAGGAGCAAAAGAAGUUGUUGUUUGGGGGAGUGGAAGUCCGUUAAGGGAAUUUUUGCACGUGGAUGAUUUAGCUGAUGCGGUUGUUUUCUUGAUGGGAAAUUAUAGUGGAUUGGAACAUAUGAAUGUAGGUAGUGGGAAAGAGGUUACCAUUAAGGAAUUAGCUGAGUUGGUUAAGGAAGUUGUUGGCUUUGAAGGGGAGCUUGUAUGGGAUACUUCGAAGCCCGAUGGGACUCCGAGGAAGCUCAUGGAUAGCUCGAAACUUGCCUCAUUGGGGUGGAGCUCCAAGAUUUCAUUGAAAGAUGGGCUUAUUGAUACUUACAAGUGGUACUUGGAAAAUGUUGAGCAAUGAUGCAGGUGAUUUUUGUGGUUGUUUCCCUAAUCAGUUUUUUUAUUGGGCAUUUGUUUCUUGUUUUCGUGCUUGAAGUUGUUGUCAUUAUUAUUGUUAUUUUUCGAUAUGCCAUGAAAUAAUUUGAGGUUAAUUGUGUACCAAUAAUAUGGCAUCCAACUUGAACAUGAGGAAUUCCUUUUGUUAAAGGAGUGGGACAUAUUUAAUGAGCUAGUUGGAUCAAACUUUCCUUUGAGGAAUCGACUAGAUUUUAUUAAUUUUGAACUGGAUAAAUUAUGCUUGUUUAUGGUUGUGGUUUAAUAAACUAAUCUUUGUUAGAAAGGGAUCCAUGAAAGAACUGUGCACUAGGGUUUUUCAAAAUUUUGAUAUGGUUAUGUAAUGUCCCGUUUUUGCUGUUGCUAUUUAUGUUAGUAAUAGGUUUACUGAAGACAUAUUCAGUCUUUGAAAUAUGGGGCUGAUAUUAUAUUAUGGUUGUAAGC